GGCAUGUUCUACUAUUGUGCCUGACCCACAACAUAUACCACACUUCCUAUUGUACUUUUUUAAUAUAAUCAACUCAAAGGUGGACGGAUCUCUUUCAGUGGACGAUUGGAGUCAGUUUUUGGCACCUACCAGACGUCCUCUUUUUUGGGUGUUUCUUGUUGAGACAAUUGGUGUUGCUGAAUCCACCAAUGUUGAUGAAAAUCGUCAAAGUGUAAACAUUUGUUAUUAUCACGAAAUUUUUGAAUUAUAUAAAAACAAGACCCUUUCUACUCAAGAUGUUGUCAUAUUACCUAUGAAAUUAGAAAUAAAAAGAUUAGAAUAA